UCACUAGUUUUUUUUUUUCCUGGCCCAUGCGCGCUCAGCACACACACACAUACACAUAGUGCCCACAUGCCCGACAGUCCGUGAACGCAGCGCAGUCAGCCAGCAGUCUUGACUCUUCAGCGGCGCAGAGCAGCAGCGGAGCGCGGCGACACUCGGCUCCUCCGCGGCUGGAAAACCGGACACCGACCGCUUCUACGGCCGAGUUUCAACUUUUAAUUCACAUUUUAACCGCUGAACUCUUUACCGGCGGAAACUGGGAGGAAUUUACUGCGAGGAACCAGCGAGAAGCGGGGGAGGAAGAGGAGGGAGAGGAGUCGCUGCUUGGGACCAGAGCCGGUCCAGCGGUCCAGCGCUCUGCUCAGCCCGGCGGUCAUGUUCAGCACAAGAAAGACCUGGGACCUCGGCCACGCCCCCUGCCUGCAGGAGCUCUGGAAGAAAGACAUUUCAUUGGACGCGAGCUCAGUGGACUUCCUGAUGAGUGAUGGUGAAGACGACGGCUCCUUCCUGUCUCUGCCCACCGCCGCCUUUUCACAGCGCCCCUCUCUGACCGCAGAGUUGACCGAAACAAACGCACCCAGCCAGCAUCUGCUCAUCCAGACUCUACAGGACAAAGUGUGUGAGUUUCAGGCUCGUCUUCGCUCUGAAGAAGUCACUCGUCACCUGCUGCUCCAGCAGCUGCAGCAGCAGAGCUUCCAGGAGAAGUCGUGUGGAGGAGGUGUUGGUGGAGGUGUCCAGGCGGUGCAGGAGGAGCAGCUGUCAGCCCCACCCAACGGUGAGAGGGUGCUGCAGCACAGUGAACAACCUUCACAUCAUCUCAUCUGUCCAGAAGAAGAGCAGCUCGUUACUCGGCUGCGCACACAGGUGGAGGAGCUGGAGGAAAAGCUGUUGGAUCAGACUCAGGAGGUGGAGAGACUUCGCUCUGAGCUGGGGGCGACAGACCUGGAGAAGCAGCUGGAGCUGCUGGUGGUGGAGAACGAGCGACUGAAGCAGGAGCUGAAGUCAUGUAGGAGCUCAGAGCUUCAGAAGCUGGACGCUGCUGCAGAGACAAGCAGCUGCAGCAGCUGCAGCCACUGCCCUCGCAGCCAGGAUGCAGAGUCCCUGCGGAGGGACGUGUCCCGCUGGGAGAGCCAGGCCCGGCAGAGGGAGCGGCGGCUGGCCGAGCUGGAGCGAGAGCUGCUGGAUAAAAGCUCCAGGGUGGAGACUCUCCAUCGGCAGCUGGACGACUCCACCCGGCAGCUGGACGACAGCCGGAGGCAGCUGGAGGAGUCGAGGCGGAGGCAGGGGGAGGCCGAGCAGAAACUCACCCUCCGGCUGCAGGAGUGUGAGGAGGAGCUCGCCAGACAGGCAGCAGCUCCCCCCAGAGUCAAGUAUGUGACUCAGACGGUGGAGGUGGAGUCGGCCGACUCUCAGAAAGCUCUGGCUGAGAUGCAGACGAAAAACGCCGCCCUGCAGGAGCAGCUAUCUGUCCAGAGACAGCUGCUGAGAGAGCUGGAGACACAGCUGCACGAGUCUCAGAGGACCUGCGCUCAGCUCAGGACGCAGAUCCUGGUGUAUGAAGGAGAGAUGGAGCGAGCUCAGGGUCAGCUGGAGGCGGAGAUGCAGAACCUGGAGGAGGAGAAGAACCGAGUGAUCGAGGAGGCCUUCAUCAGAGCUGAGAGCGAGAUGAAGGCUGUCCACGAGAACCUGGCAGGAGUGCGUAUGAACCUGCUGAGUCUGCAGCCGGCUCUCAGGACUCUCACCUGCGACUACAACUGUCUGAAAAGGCAGGUGCAGGACUUCCCCUUCAUGCUGGACAAAGCCAUCACCGAGGCGAAGCAGGAGAUCUGUCAGGUGAUCAGUGAGGUGAGCAGCACAAACCAGGAGCUGCUGCGUAAAUACAAGAGAGAGAUGAACCUGAGGAAGAAGUGUCACAACGAGCUGGUUCGACUCAAAGGCAACAUCCGUGUUUUCUGCCGCGUGCGGCCGGUCAGUCAGGAGGAGCAGGACGCCGCCGACGCCAAAACCAUGUUGAGCUUUGACUCGGACGACGACGCCAUCCUCUACCUCUCCAACAAGGGCAAGAUCAUGACCUUUGAACUGGACAAAGUCUUCCCUCCUCAGGCCACGCAGGAGGAGGUGUUUCAGGAGGUGCAGUCUCUGGUCACUUCCUGUAUUGAUGGCUUUAACAUCUGCAUAUUCGCCUACGGGCAGACGGGCUCUGGGAAAACCUACACCAUGGAGGGCGUGAUCGACGACCCCGGCAUCAACCAGCGAGCGCUUCGCCUGCUGUUCUCUGAGGUGACGGACAAAGCUCCAGACUGGGACUACAAGAUCACCGUCAGCAUGGUGGAGAUCUACAACGAGACUCUACGGGACCUGCUGGGGGAGAAUCCCACAGACAAACUUGACAUUAAGAUGAACCCUGAUGGCAGCGGACAGCUCUACGUCCCCGGACUGACCGAGUUCACCGUGCAGAGCCCCGAGGACAUCAACAGGGUGUUUGAGCUCGGUCACAUGAACAGAGCGACAGCCUGCACCAACCUGAACGAACACAGCUCUCGCUCACACGCUCUGCUCAUCAUCACUGUGUCUGGAUUCAACUCUGCUACUGGAACCCGCACACAAGGUAAGCUGAACCUGGUGGACCUGGCGGGCUCGGAGAGGAUCGGUAAGUCUGGGGCGGAGGGCAGUCGGCUCAGAGAGGCUCAGUGCAUCAACAAAUCUCUGUCGGCGCUCGGCGACGUGAUCAACGCACUGCGGAGCAAACACUCCCAUGUCCCGUUCAGAAACUCCCGGCUCACCUACCUGCUGCAGGACUCUCUGAGUGGAGACAGCAAGACCCUCAUGAUGGUACAGGUCUCUCCGUUGCCUGGUAACAUGAGCGAGUCGGUGUGUUCGCUGAAGUUCGCUCAGCGUGUUCGCAGCGUCGAGCUCAGCUCCUCGUCCUCGUCCUCCAGGAGACACGAGAACUCGUCCACCUCGUCCUCACCCACCCACGACAGCGUUGAGCUGGACUCUCCCCCGGUGACCCCCGUACCUCUCCCCAUCUCUCGGGCCAGCAGUGCCGGCUCCACCCUCUCCUCCACCUCCAGAACCCCCAGCAGCUCCCGCAGGAGGUCCCAGUCCCAACUGUCCACAGACAGGCAGGUAGACAGAUCCAGCCCAUUGGUGGGGGACGGUGGGCAGGUAGGUGGGGAUGUAUGCUGAUUGGUGGAUAGCUUGGCAUGGACGCGCUCAGCAUGGCAUGGUGCCCCCCCCCCCUCCACCCAUCUAACACUCCCCACCUCCCAGAGCUCCACCAGCUUCUGUCUGUGCGCCUGCAGAGCCAUGAGCAGGGCCCACAGAGCCCAGAGACCUCCUGUGUGCAGUGAACUGUUUGUGUCACCUGUUCGAACGCUGGAGUUUGGUUCUGGUUCCACACCAGACUCAGCUUCGGUGGAGAAACGAGUUCAAGCCACAAGGAAAUGACACGUCCAGCUUCGUCUCUGUGUCCAGAACAGAGACAUCCAGCUUAGCUUAGCUUAGCUUAGCACAAACACCUGAAGUGAUGGGAAACUGUUAGCUUAGGUUCACCACAGGAGACCAGACCCUCACCAGCAGCUGGUCACUGAAUAUGUGUCAGUGCUGAGAUACUGUACGACACACACACACACACAUCCUGGACACACAGAGAUGAAAGCGAUGGAAACACUGUGUGUGUGUGUGUGUCUGUCUGUGUCUGUGUGUGUGUGUGUGUGUGUGUGUGUGUGUGUCGGUUUAACAUCCUGUUCUCAGCAGAUUUAAAUUAAAUCCAUUAACGUCGUUUCCUUGUGGCUUCAGAGUUUGUUUGUUGUAAGUGAGUUGGUGUGUGGAUGGAUCCUGACCCCCCCUCCCCCCUCCCCCGCUGGUCUGUGGCUGGGCGUCCUGCUGAUGAGCAAAGGAUUGUGGGAUUGCUUACUCCACGUCUACACUCAUAAAUGUGGAAACACGUUGGUAUCUGUUCAAACAGGGAGCAGCAUAAAGGUUUAAACUCCUGUGUCCUGUCCAGGGUCCGUCUGUCUUUAGCAGAUGGACAGAGUGAGACAGGUGAACAGUCCGGACGCGACGCUGAGCGGUGUCAGUUAGGUCUGUGGUCGGGCUGAGCGAUUAAUUACACGUGUGAUCAUAUUGCCACGUGGAAAAAAACGCGAUUUUUCAACCUCAGAAACUGCGAUUACACUCUGUCACGUGACACGCGAGACACCGACUGCGCAUUGACAGUGACCUGCGUCUCCACAGAAGCUGACACAGCGGGAAAUGUAGUGCCAGACAGCAGUAGCGCGUCAGCUGUGUGGGACAACACACAACAGGGGCAACGUAACUCCAUAUGAGCGGACCUCAAAUCACAAUGUUGGUUUAAAAAAAAAUCAAUUAAUUAGAAAUUAGAUUAUUUUCCAAAAUCGUUCAGCCCUAGUCUGUGGACAUGUAGGAGGGACAGUGGACAGUGGACACAGACAGCUAUGAAAUGGCCUCAUUUUGUUUCAGAUUUGUUUCAGAUGGAAACGGUGUGAAUCACCUGAAUGUGUUUAAGAGGCCAGUGUAGAAAAAACAUGUUUCCAUGUUUAUGUGGAGCCGCGUGGACGUGGCCUGACACACGUGGUCUGACGCAGGGACGUGUCUCAUCGCCGCUGACUAAUGGUCUGUCCCUCUCUGCAGGACGACUGAAGCUGACGGCCUGAGAGACCCAGAGACGAUGCCGUGAGAAAUCCGGGUUUGACCGCGGGGUGUCGGCCAACACCCUGAGGACUUUACCUGCUGGGACGCCGCCACCAUGCUGCCGCGGCAGAGCAGGAUAAAGACGCAAAGAUUGAUGGGAACAAUCUUAAAUAUACACUGACUCCUUUCUCCUCCGGCAGAGAACAUGGACAAAUGCUUUGAUUUCGUUGUUGCUGUGAUGAAGGACGUUAAAGGACUCGAGUGACUCUGAUAAAGAACCAGUGAAACCCCCAAAGUUCUGCAGCGCGUUCCGUCUGGACCGAACUCAGGUCCUCACUAACGUUUCUCAUCCUCCCAGAGAUCAGUGUGUUUCCAAUCACAGUAUUUCUUUUAUAGUUUCUUUGUAAAGUUGCACUUUAAAUUUGUAGAUUAUUUUCUAACCCAGUUCCAGAUGUGGUUUAUAAUAUAUGCAUCAUGUGGUUGUAUUUAUGUUCAACCUGCUUUCAUCUUGUUUUUGUUUUAUUGAGAUGUUUUUCUUUUUGUGGAGGACACGGACCGCGUGAGACAUCUGAGAUCAAUCCUGAGAUUAGUCUCAUUUCUGCACGUCUUCUGUCCUAUGUAGUUUUCUAUUGGACACUUACUUCGUGUCCUGUCGCCCUUUAUCCAAUCAGGGUACUCCACUGAUACCGAGCUGUUCAAUAGGAUGUGAGCAAUACGAGGAAACAGUCACGUGUGUACAUGAUUGUUGUUUUAGUUCCUGUGGAUGUUUUUUUGUUUGUUGUUCAUGCAGUGAAUGAAUCUCCGUCUUCCUUCAGCUCGUUCAUCAAACGCUCAGACCUUCUCAGCUCUCCUCGACUGUCUCGUCUCGCUGUGAUCCUGCUGUCGUCACGUCACCUCUGUCGAGAACUAAUCUAGGAAACCACAGGUGACCUUUGACCUCAGUCUGAACAGAUCGUGGUGCUGAGCUUGAUGUGAUGCCGGAGGAUGUAAACUGUUGUAGCUGUAGUAAACAGGAAUGCUUAGAAACGCGAUGAUCAACAUGUCUGCUUGCUUUGUCUCCACUGUACAUUCCUACAGUUUGGCUUUUUUGUAUUCCCUUUUUAAUAAACAC